AUGGGCCGGUCGCCUUGGUAUUUCCAGCGGAAUUUUAACCCGACAAAUCGCCAAAAUGUUGAGCGGAGCGCUGAUCCCUUCCCCAGUUUGCUGCCCGACGGCCCUUCCUCUCAGCCCAAAGUUAUACCCACCAUAGAGGGGUUGUCUUUUCCCCAGAACCAUCAUGCCCGUGAAGUGAAUUUUGUGGCAAUGUCGGUCGGCUUUGGGGGCCCUGAUGUUACCACAACCAUCGGUGGUGAACCAAUUGCUGCCACUAUUGCAGCUACCAAGACUAAGGAUAUCAGCAUCGAGAACAAUUCGCAAAAGGAUAUCGAGACCACCUCCAAUAAUACGGGAACACCUAGCAAGCAGAGGUCAGGGCUCAAUCCUAAGCUCUGUCUCCUCGACUGCCUCGGCUGUGACCCCUGUGCCUGCUUAUUCUGCUUCGAUACAUCCGCCACGCUUGUCGGCAAUUUGAACUCUGCCUUGGAUAUUCUCCGUACCUCAACCAGCAGCAGCCUGGCAUCCUCGAGUGUCUCGACUGUGACUCCCUUAACUGAAUCAUGGGCUACGGCCUCUGCCGCGCCUGUUUUGUCUUUGGCUAUGUCCGCCGCCAUUUCCUAUGAUGACCUGAGAUCGGGCAUAGAUGGCCUCCUUGGUGUUCCGACCUGCACCACCGCCUCUACGGGCCCGAACGGAACUGAUCCUUCUAGUGCUAAGGGAACCAGGUCCACUUGGAAUCUUCUUGAUAUCUCGGCCCUGAAUAAUGAGACUUCCAACAGCAACAGCACCACCACCAUCUCGUCCUCUAAGGCCACUAGUCCGCCGACUAUCCCAACUAGCGUGCAUGCUUCCACAUCCAGCCGGCUCUCAACCACUCGGACUACUGCUGAAACAUCAAUUUCUGGUAACCCGCUUGACACUCUUGUGCCCAGCGUAGACUCCCUGCUUAGUACCUCAUCCCCAGGGGCGGGCAGCGUUGGCCAGGUGUCAACUGCACUGAUUCUCAAUGACAGUAUUUUGCAGUCCACACCAAGUGGCCUCUUCGCUACCCUGACGCUGGGUGAUAGCACCACUACCAUUAUCCCGACCCCACAGACUCCAUCGCAACUAUAUCCGUGCCACAUUUACCUGGCUCUGGCUCUGGUUCCGGUUGUCACUUCGACUUCUUUUCUACGCAUUGCCUCCUCUGUGUCCGACUUUAUGCCUCACGCUGUUUCUACUACCCCCCCACCGGGGGCGUGUACUGUGAUCCGAGAUCUGCUUGCCCGGUCGGGAUAG